AUGUCAUUUCAGAUCUUCGUUCUCGCCGCUGUUCUGUCUGUGGCUGCGGCCCAAAGCUACGGCAAGGCACCCGCCCCACGCUACGCUCCUGCUCCGGCGCCACGCUACGCUCCUGCUCCGGCGCCGAGCCACGCCCCGGCUCCGUCGUACGGCCGGGCGCCUUCCUACGCCUCGUCGUACCAGGAGCCGCGCUACUACGCCCAGCCGUACCAGUUUGCGUACGCCGUCAACGACCAUUACAGCGGAUCAGUGUUCUCCCAGAACGAGAACAGCGACACCAAGAUCGUACAGGGCUACUACUCGGUCAACCUGCCCGACGGCCGAGUCCAGCACGUCAAGUACACGGCUGACAACCAGGGCUACGGCGGCUACAACGCCGAGGUCACCUACGUCGGCAAGGCUCAGUACCCCGAGCGGGCCAGCUACGCCCCAGCCCGCUCCUACGCUCCUGCCGCUCCCUCUUACAAGGCUCCUCCUGCUUUCCAACCGGUUCGCUCCUAUCAGCCUGCCCCCUCUUACAAACCAGCUCCCUCUUACCGGCCUGCUGCUCCCUCUUACACACCUGCUCGUUCUUACCGGCCUACUGCUGCCUCUUUCAAGCCCGCUCAGUCUUACGGAGCUCCUUCCCAAUCGUAUUAGCAAGAGUCCACAACUCACUUAA